CCUCCCUCCAUUAAAUACUCUUUCUCUCUAUUGGUAACCAUUGUGAUGAUGGAAGUAGUGCUGUUGUUUUUAGUUGUUUAUAUAACUGGCUUCUCAGCUGUGAUGGGAUCAAGUAACUUCCUCUUUGGUACUGCAUCAUCUUCUUACCAGUUUGAGGGAGCUUAUUUGAGUGAUGGGAAAGGUUGGAAUAACUGGGAUGUUUUCACUCAUAAACCUGGCACAAUAAUGGAUGGAAGUAAUGGGGAUAUUGCUGUUGAUCAGUACCACAGAUAUAAAGAAGAUAUCGAGCUCAUGGAAUAUAUGGGAGUCAAUAGCUAUCGUUUCUCAAUAUCCUGGUCAAGAAUUUUACCAAAGGGAAGAUUUGGGCAAACAAACAUGGCCGGUAUUCAACACUACAACAAGUUCAUUGAUGCCCUUCUAAGCAAAGGAAUCCACCCAUUUGUGACUCUAACCCAUUUUGAUGUUCCACAAGAACUUGAAGAUAGAUAUGGAUCUUGGUUAAGCACAGAAGUGCAGAAAGACUUCAAAUAUUAUGCCGAUAUUUGUUUCAAAUACUUUGGUGACAGAGUGAAGUAUUGGUCUACCUUCAAUGAACCAAAUAUUGUAGCAAUAUGGGGCUAUAGAACAGGCAUUUUCCCGCCAUCUCGUUGUUCAAUUCCAUUCGGGAAUUGCAGCCAAGGGAAUUCAGAUACAGAACCCUUCAUUGCAGCCCAUAACAUUAUCCUCUCUCAUGCCAUCGCCGUUCACCUUUACCGAACUAAAUAUCAGCAUAGACAAGGAGGCAGCAUAGGGAUUGUUAUGAGUGCUAUGUGGUUUGAACCCAUAAGCGAUUCUGAAGAGGAUAAAUUUGCGACAGAGAGAGCUAUAUCAUUCUACAUGAACUGGUUCUUGGACCCGAUCAUGUUUGGGAAAUAUCCAGAGGAAAUGCAGGCAAUUCUGGGAUCUAUCUUGCCUACCUUCACAGAAGAGGAUAAGAAGAUAUUGAACAAAGGAUUAGACUUCAUUGGAAUCAACCAUUACACAAGCUUCUAUGUCAAAGACUGCAUAUAUUCACAAUGUGAACCAGGUCAAGGGAUUUAUAAAACAGAAGGUUCUGCCCUCUGGACUCAACUUAAGGAUGGAAAGUAUAUUGGAGAACCGACUACAGUCGACUGGCUAAAGGUUUACCCACAAGGAAUGAAGAAAAUGGUGACAUAUGUUAAGGACAGAUACAAUAAUACCCCAAUGUUCAUCACAGAAAAUGGAUUUGGUGAGAUGGAUCAUACAAAUUCAACUGUUUUUUCACUUAAUGAUAUCAAAAGAAUAGAAUACUUGAACUCCUACAUUGAUGAACUAGCAUCAGCGAUGAGGAAUGGAGCAGAUGUGAGGGGAUACUUUGUUUGGUCUUUGCUUGACAACUUUGAGUGGACCUCAGGGUACACUACAAGAUUUGGACUUUAUCAUAUCAAUUAUACCACUCUACAGAGAACACCAAAAUCUUCUGCAUCCUGGUACAAAGAGUUCAUUUCAGGCCAAAAUAUUGCUAGUUUACUACCUCAAAAUCAACUGAUAAUUGAAUAUAACGGAUCAUCAGUUGCAAAUGCAGUUUAACAAACACGUCAAUGACAAUUACAUUACUAAUGCCUUCUCAUUGUUUCAAUAUGAACACACAUAUGGGAGAUACAUUUGCUUUACUUGGUUGUAAUAAUUUUUACCUUGGACGCAAUCUAUGCGUUUUAAUAAAUAAAAAAUAAGAUUGUGGCUCAAUGAAGACUU